AUGGACCAAUUUCAACGACUCCGGAAUGUCGGGCGACUGGAGCAAUACUCCACGGCGCGCCAUCAAUGCGGCUUCUAUCUGAAUGUCGCGGUGUCGGCGAACUAUGUUCUUCCAGAUAAAUAUGCACUGCCGAUCAAACACUACUUAUACCAUGCGUGUGCCAACUUGAUCGCAGAGCACCCAGUGCUAUCAGCCAUCCCUGCAGCGGACGACACCCAGCAGCCGUAUUUUGUCCGGUUACCGCAGAUCAAUCUGGAUGAAGUUGUGUCAUUUCAAACACGCAAAUCUACUUUCUACCGGGCCGAGGAUGAGACUACCGAGCCCACUGAGGAUCUAGAACUUCAGGCUCUCCUAGAAGCGCAACACAAUAGGCCCUUUACGGCGCCAAAUGCCUACUGGAGACUGUGUGUUCUACUCGACCCUGAAAAUGAUCGCAAAUUUUCCACGGCAUUUGUAUUCCACCACGCCCUUGGUGAUGGGAACUCGGGAAAGGCUUUCCACCACGCCUUUCUGCAAGCGCUGUGUGCUGGUCUGACGGAAGAACCCAAGUCUCUUGUAGAGGCACCACAGACACCUCUACUUCCCAAUCUCGAGGCCCUACACUCACUACCACUUUCAUUCAUGUUCCUCGCCAAGAAGCUCUUCCAAGCAAAGAUCUACUCUUCUCGAGACCCGGGUCUCUGGGCCGGUGACAAGAUUCAAACCGCGGGCCAGACUCGCAUUCGUCUGGUGUCGUUCCCAAAGUCCCUUGUCACAUCUCUUCGAUCUGUCUGCCGUCAGGAGAGUACCACGAUAACCGCUCUCCUGCAAACAGUUGUUGCACAGGCUCUCUUCACGCACCUCCCACCCUCUUUCUCGCGACUGAACUGCACAGGGGCCAUUUCUAUGCGCCACUGGCUGCCAGAUAUCAUCACUGACGACUCUAUGGGCGUUUAUGUCCAAGAUCUCGAAGAAUCGUACUCUCGUUCCGCCGCUCUCCCUGCUAACGGCACGUUCCCUUGGUCCGAGACCCGCCGCUCGAGGCAGACCAUCGAAACUGUGCUCAAACGCAAGGGCGCGGACGGGAAUGUCAAUCUGCUCAAGUUUGUUGGCGAUUAUCAGAAGGAGCUGUGUUUUUCGAAGGUCGGCCGGGAUCGGGACAAGAGCUUCGAGGUUUCGAAUGUCGGUGUGAUGCACUGUGAGCCGUCCUCUGGGCGGCCGUUCCUCGAGGGGAUGGUCUUCUCGCAGUGUGCUAGUGUCAUUGGUAACGCCGUGGGGGUGUCAGUCGUAACCGGUGGAGAUGGCCGCUUGGUGCUUGCCAUCUCGUGGCAGGACACUGUCGUUGAGGAUGCUUUGGUCGAGGGGAUGAUUCGGAGCAUGAGGGAUGUACUGACGGUCCUCGGAGGGCGGACGUGA